UGUACUGGGAGUCAGAAGCUUCAGGUAUUAUUCUGAGGACUGACUUUGUGGCUUUGAGACUGCCACUUUUUCAAAGGGUACCAGUUUCAGGACAAAUGAGGGUAACAGUUCCUACCACGUAAGAGUACCUGGAGGUCUACUGAGGAAAGGUUGCUUCUUAGUAUAAUGACUUUCAUUAGAGGACUUUUCAUAACCAUUAACACUUCAAGUAAGAUGGCCAGACCCUUCUUCUGUUACCUGUGUAGCAAAACUUCCACUUUACAGUGGAAGCUACGCUACUCAGCUUAACUUUGUGAAGCUGUAUAGAGAGCACACCAGGAACACACAAAGGCUCUCCAAUCUUUUCAGUGGAAUAGGCAGAAUAAAGUUUUGCCACCCUGAGGGCAGUGGGCUGAGCUGUUGCCUCUGUGGGGAAAGGGAGUGAUAGUACCAGGGCAGAGACCAAGCAGGAGAACCCUGGGCUGGGCUUGCUGCUCCUGCUGUGUUCAGUGGCCUAGAGGCUGCAGGACAGGUAACAACAGCAACUGCUACUGCUAAAAGAGCCCACCUGCCUAUUUAGCAGGAACUGUUUCUCGCUCCACUUAGGAGUUUGAUCUGACACAGCAGCUUGGUGCAGCCAAAAAGGCAGGUGAGAACAACUGCACAAACUAUGAUUGGUUUGCAGGGCAAUAGCUUUCUAUUUUUAUGAAAUCCACAGCAUGAAGAUGAUACAGCUGAAUAUGGUUCAUCUUUUCUCCAUGCACUCCCCCAUACAUUUCAAUAGCUUGACUGUUCUUUGGACUCUAGCUCCUUUGAGGUCUGUCCAUCUCCAAGACACCCUCUCUGCCAAUGUUCUCAGCAGACCUCCUGCUGAGCCUCCCACUAUAGUCAACAUCAUGUUUGGAAACCUCUGAGCUCUUUCCUAUGUCUGUUUCUUCCCUUUCUACCUGAUUUGAUUUGAACAAUCUACGAGCAGCAGCAUGACCUGGGCCUUGUCAAGUGUUAUUAACAAUGUCAAGCACAUUUUUAUGAAAAUCAACAGGUAUUGCCCAUUUUCAAUGACUCCUCUCUUUAUAGUUCAUGUUCUUACUAGGGCAAGGAAAGCAUAUCCUUGGCCAUGGAUGACUAACUGAUAAGUUUUCGGAAAGGAGGUGUCAAUACCGUCAGAUGUGCAUCUUCCCUUGUGCAGAAACUUUGCUUCGGGACGUUGACACUCGUAGCUCUUUAGCUGACAGUAAGUGAGGAAGUACUUUCCAUUGGCAGAACAAACUGAAGAGCCAUUCUUUGGGCACUGGUAGGGAAGCUUACAAAGGCACUUUCCAUCCACACAUCGUUCCCAUGGGUGACAAAAAACUUUCUCACAGGACUUGUGUGUGUAUUGGUUGCUUAAGCAUUCUCUUAUGAGGUAUGUGUCUUGCUCAGCUGGCUGGGCAGGGUCAGCCUGCUGAGGCUGGUUUUCUUCAGCAUUAGAAGCUGCAUUCUGUAAAGGACAAAAUAGUAAUGAAACAAAGAGCAAGAUUAGGAACUGCGCAAGGAGUUCUGCAGAUCUCUUUACUGACCUCAACGAAGUGUUCAUGCAUAAGCCUUUUUCUCUCUUACAAGCACAAAGAUGCUAAAUAUAAUUUAUAGUAUAUUUCCUUGUCUUCAGCCACCUCAGCUUCCUCAGUUUCUCUGAACAUUUUUCUUCAUUUUGGAUUAUUCACCUGGUGUGAUCUUAACUCCUACAAGUCUCUCACAAACUUUGUACUCUUUAAACUUCAAACAUCAGCUGAAAUGAACAGCAGGCUCUAAAUAUUUUUAAGUCAGUGGUUUAUAACAUACCACUGCAAUGGGAUUGUAACCAAAUCAAAAUACAAGGGGACUUAAAAUCCACAAUAAUAAGAAAAUGGCAACUUUUUUUUUUCUGAGAGUUUUUUAUUGGCUUGGUUGGCUUUGAGUUUAAAUAUAACCUGUAAAUAGUUUUAAACUACUUAGAAGCAAGUCUAGAAAACUGAAAUUAAUGACUUUUUUCACUGUGUGACUGCUGAAGCAAAAGGUAUCUUAAAGGAAUUUGAAAAGUAAGUGCCUUUCCUUGUUGGCUGUUUUCCUGUAUCUGGCAUAGCAGUGGAUUUGUAAUGCAAUUACUGGUCAUCACUGGACUGCAAGAUUCUGACCCUCCAUCUAGCUGUCCUCGGAGACUGAUCAAAUCGUCAUGCUGGUUCUCCUGAUUGUAGGCAUUCCUCUUUGCCAGAUUCUACUCCGCUCUUGUGAGACCCCACCUGCAGUACUGUGUUAAGCUUGUGUUAGGUCCCCAGCACAAGAGGGAUAUGGAGCUGUUGGAAUGAGUCCAGAGGAGGCUACGAAGAUGAUCUGAGGGCUGGAACACCACUCCUAUGAAGACGGGCUGUUUGGCUUGUUCAGCCUGGAGAAAAGGAGGUAGUAGAGAAUGUCUUUUCGUGGAAGAGGAGGUGGAGGAGGAAGAGGAGGAGGAAGAGGAGGCUUCAAUCGAGGAGGAGGAGGUGGUGGUGGUGACAGAGGUGGCUUUAAUCGUGGUGGACGAGGUGGCUUUGGACGGGGAGGUGGACGAGGAGGCUUCAACAGAGGCGGAUAUGACCAGGGGCCUCCGGAAAGUAUAGUUUUACUGGGAGAGUUCAUGCAUCCCUGCGUAGAUGACAUUGUUUGUAAAUGUAAAACAGAAGAAAACAAGGUGCCUUAUUUCAACGCUCCUGUGUACCUGGAUAAUAAGGAACAGAUUGGCAAAGUGGAUGAAAUCUUCGGCCAGCUGAGGGAUUUUUAUUUUUCAGUGAAACUGUGUGAGAAUAUGAAAGCCUCUUCAUUUAAGAAAAUGCAAAAGUUUUACAUUGACCCAGCAAAGCUACUGCCACUUCAGAGAUUUUUGCCAAGGCCACCUGGAGAAAAAGGUGCUUCCAGAGGAGGUGGUAGAGGAGGACGUGGUGGUGGACGUGGAGGAGGAAGAGGUGGUGGCAGAGGAGGAUUUGGAGGAGGAAGAGGUGGAGGAAGGGGAGGAGGAGGGUUUAGAGGAGGAAGAGGUGGUGGAGGAGGAAGAGGUGGAGGAGGAUUCAGAGGAGGAAGAGGUGGUGGAGGAGGCUUUCGGGGAAGAGGACAUUAAACAUGGAACCACGAAUAUCUCCCUACUGUCUUACCACAUCAUCUGCAUAAGUGAAGAACAAGGAAAAAACUUUCUAAGGAACCCUGAAAAAGUUCUGUUUAUGAAGAACUUGAAGCUGUAAAAUAACAGUUAUUUUUAUACUUAAUGACUGUUGAUCAACACAUGAGGAGAGCAUAGCUCCAUUCAAAGAACUGAAGACUCUUCAGAAUAUACUUGAACUUUUAUAACUAAGCCAGGAUUCAAUGUUAUCCUUAAACUGCUUGUUUCUGAGGAGUAAUGUAGGCAAUGCUUGACUUCAUGUUGGAGUUUGGAGUAAACAGUCAGUUGAAAUGUUUUUUGAAAACACUUUACAGGGUCACUACAUGCACAGUUAUCAAUAUGAACCUGUUACCUGUGUGUGAUUGAUCCCUAGUUCUCAUCCUCUUUUUAUAUUGAAUUUUCGGUGUUGCUCUAAAAUGGACAUGCCUUUUAAGCAGCCUUUAUGAGCCUUUUUUUACAAACUAAACUUCAAAAUUUUGUGUUGUAUAAACAAAUUUUAACAUAAUUAUGUGUAAAAGGAAAGGAAGAUAGUAAAGGAUAUUUUGUGCAUU